AUGGUCUCUUCGUCGUCCACGGGCGAGGAUGGCCUGACCAUCAUCAGGCCUCAAGACGCGUCUGAGCACACAGCCACCGACACGGACCAGACAGUUGCCGUCACCAAUCCUCACCUGCUAUGCCCUCUCGGCAACCCGGCACUCCAUCCACUACAUGGCAAGCUGAAUGACCAUGGUUCAGCUCAGGGGGUGAGUCCCCUGCCAAUGGAAGCUUCUGCUUCUGUCCCCUCUACAAGCUACUCAGCUUGGUCUGCUUGGAUUGCUGUGGUCGGAUGUGUCUGUUUGACCAUGCCUACAUAUGGUCUCAUGUCGGCCUUUGGCCUUUUCCAGGUCUACUGGGAAACCCAUCAGCUGGCAGACUACAACGGUGGAAACAGCGAUGCUGCCAUUGCCUGGAUCAGCUCGCUGCUGGGCUUUCUCAACUGCUUUUUUGGCCUGUUCAGCGGCAUCGUCCUGGACCGGGUCUCCUCGUCGUCGUCUUCCACCAGAGGCCUGUUGCUUUUGCUCGCCCCGCAUUGUGUUGUGUACUGGGCUUCCUUUUUGGCCCUCGCGUGGUGCUCGAUCUAUGGCCAGUUCAUGGCGUGCAUGGUGGUUGCCGGAAUUGCCUCCGCCCUGCCGUCGGUCGCCGCGUUUACGGUCGUUGACCACAUUUUCGAAAUGUCCCCCACCCUCAAGCACAGCGCGGCCGCAACAGGGGUCGUCUCGACAGGUGCUCCGCUCGGUGGCCUUCUUUUCUCGCUUAUGUUGCGGGCGCUGCUGGCCCGGACGGCGCCCAGCACUUGGCAAGUGUCCAUGUUCUGUCUAUCGUCCGUCAUCGGUGCCAUGGAGCUCAUUGCAUGCGUCCUGGUCGUGUGGGGAAGCCGACGGCCUUCGUCUUCAUCACCACACCAGUUAGCGACCGAGAAAGACGCCAAUGGACUCGAUGGACUCAAAAAGCAGGUGCUCAAGCACAAAAGCCCUCUCCAAACACCGCCGAUGGAGAUCAAGAUGACUGUGACAGAAACGACGACCAUUGAACAGGCAGACCGCCUUGAACGAUCUGGCCUGCCUCUCCGACGCAGUUGCGUCACGGCCCACCCGCCUGAUAUGCAAACUCAGACACAGACACAGUCACAGACACUGUCACCUGCGCAUACGAUUCCCUGGUAUGCCAAUGCAGCUCUCUGGGACGCAGACAAGGGCUCCUUGAGCCAUUUUACCGACCGAGGCUUUUGGCUUUUUACCAUAUGUGUUUUUGGUUGGUCUUCCCACGCACAUGCAGAUGCUUACUGCUCUUUCUCCGUCUCUCCAUCUCUGCAGCUCUCUCUUUGCCCACUAGCUAACAUUCACGCCUCGCUUCUACCAGUAUACGAAUUCGUCCUCUUCACGCAGUGGGGCUCCUUGCCAUACUUUGCCUCAAGAACAGGCCUGGGAGACGUCUUUUACUUCCAAAUGGUCUACAACAUCGGCGCCAUCCCCGGCCGCACCAUUCCCUCUUGGCUCGCCACCCGAUUUGGCCCAUUCAACAUGACUCUUGCCAUGACAGCCCUCACAAUCCUCACCAUCUUUGUGGUUUGGGUUCCCUUUGGUGACCACAGUACAGCCGCCCUGUAUCUGGUGGCGUUUCUCAUGGGCGUAGGAACUGGUUCCUUUGUACCCUUGGCUGCCACAUGCAUAAGCCGCCUUUGCCAUGGCCGCGGUUUUGGAAAGUGGCUAGGUUCUUGUUAUGCCAUUGUCAGUAUUGCAACUCUCAUCGGCAACCCCGUCAGUCAGGCUCUUAUCGAAAAGACCAGUGCACGAUGCAGUGUCAUCUUCCAGGGCGUCCUGCUGGUUGUGUCGUUUGUCCUCUGUCUGCUCGUCCGCCGGGGCGACAUCCAAAGACUACGGGCGAGACAAUCUCGUUCGUGA